AUGGUGAAAUCUGAAGAAAAAGAAAAAGAAGUUGGAUUGAAAAAAGGAACAUGGACAGAAGAAGAAGACGAAGUUUUAGCUGAUUACAUCCGUAAGCAUGGGGAGGAGUCCAGCUGGAACACGGUUGAGAAGGAAUCUGGACUCAACCGAUGCGCUAAAUCAUGCAGGUUAAGGUGGGUAAACCAUUUAAGGCCCGAAUUGAAGAAAGGUCCGUUAACCGCCAAUGAAAUAGAGACGAUCGUUCGUCUUCAUGCUAGGAUCGGAAAUAAAUGGUCCCGCAUAGCAGAAAAGAUUCCUGGAAGAACAGAUAACGAUAUUAAGAACUUUUGGAACACUCGAAUCAAAAGUUGUGAGCGUCGUGGCCUACCACUUUAUCCGCCUGAGGUAGUUCAAGAAUUAUUAAAUGAAGAGAAGAACCAAAUGAAUAUGGUACCUACUACUGUCAACUUCAACAACAAUUAUCCUUAUCCUAGUAGUAGGAUCAAAUUCAACAACUAUGACAACUUCAGCAGCAGCAGCAGCAGCCCUUCUUCACUUCUUCUUAACUUUCCUCCUGCAUUAUCUUCUUCUUCUUCUUAUUAUCCUAGGCCUCCUCCUCAUGUUGCUUCUUCUUCUUCAAAUCAUCAAUCACUUCAAUUAAUUCAGCCUCCUCCUAUUGAUCCUAAUGCUUUCUCUUCAUUUCGACCAUCGCCAAAGCUGAUGAUUGACGGUUUUGGAAACAAUACUAGUACUAAUCAUCAUCUUCCUUCCUAUUCUUACCAUGCUUUCCAGCAGGUAGCUCAGAAUUCAGGCCUCCAAUCAUUCCAAUUACCGCCGCCUAGUAGUACUGUUGCUGCUGCUCAUAAUAUGUUCUCUUCAUUUCAACAUCUACCUAAUCUCAAUGAUAUUCAUCAUAACUCAUUAUACUUCCAUUCAUUCCAAUUUGCGCCUCCUUCAUCUUCUUAUGCUGCUGCUGCUACUACUCGGGUGCCUCAUAAUUCAUUUCAAUUUGGGCCACAUCAUAAUCUUCCUUCAUCUUCUAAUGCUGAUGCUGCUGCUGCUGAUGCUUUUCCAGUGGAUCGUAAUCAUCCAGACCUCCUCCCUUCAUUCCAGUAUAAGCCUCCUAGUCCUAUUGUUGACGACAAUAGUUUCUCUUCAUUACAGCAACCACUUGAUCAGAUUAUUGAAAAUAUUGAUCAUGGUCUUACUUCCUCUUCUAAUGAUCCUUUUGAGAUGGCUCCUAUUGUUGACAAUACUUUGUCUUCAUUAAAUCAACCACUUCAUCAAAAUUUGCCAUCAUCAUCAUCAUCAUCUUCUCAGAAUUAUUUUCCAGAGCUCCCUUCAAUCCAACCUCAAGAUCCUUUUCAUUUGCCACAAUUCGACAAUCUUUCCCAAUCACCCGCAACCCAAAAUCUACAGUCAAAUUGUAUGCCUAGUCGAAAGAGAACCCACGAUGAUCAAAUGUCAACUUCACAAGAGGAGCAUGCAUUAUUGGGAAAGAACUAUUCUGGAGAUACAUCAAAUAUGUCAAUUAGGGAAAAAAUUCUAAACGAAGAAUUACUCGACUCUUUUGCUUUUGGUCAUAACUCGGUGCUUAAUGAAGACGACAAGAUGAGGUCUCCGUUUUUCUCUAAAUAUCUUAUGAAUCCGAGAAAACAUUGGAGUGGAUUGUGA